AUGUCUCCCUUGGAAGAGCUAUUAUAUAGAUCGUUAUUGCAAUCGAAGGUAUUUAACAGAUGGGUAAAGCGGAUUCAUGGUAGGAUAAAUGGUAUUAGGUAUCAAGAGCCACCCGAGAUAAGAGAUUUCAGUUCAUUUGUUCCUACCAAAGCUCAAAAGUUCAAAGCAUUCAGGAUCAUAUGGUUGGACGAAAUGAAAAAGUCGAUCGGACUUAGAAGGUAA